AUGCCUUGGAUAGUUGGAGGUGAUUUCAAUGUGGUCUUACAUGAAGAUGAAAAGAUAGGAGGUCUUCCAGUAUACCCCCCUGAAUACGAAGACUUUGCCUUAUGUGUGAAUUCUUGUGGUUUGUUUGACAUUGGAUAUAAUGGCAGCCCUUUCACUUGGUGGAAUGGUCGACCAAAUGACCAAUGCAUCUUCAAGCGGCUUGAUAGGAUCUUUGUCAACCUCUCUUACCAGAAUCUCUUCCCAAAUAUAGAAGUUCAAUAUCUGAUAAGGACAUGCUCUGAUCAUGCACCAUUGUUGAUGAGUUGUGGACAUGAAGCUAUGCAAUUUGUUAAGCAUUUUAAGUUCCUUAACUUCUGGGCUACUCAUGACACUUUCACAGAAGUGGUGAGGCAAAAAUGGGUGACUAAUUUUAUUGGUGAUCCUUUCUUGAUGUUCAAACAGAAAUUAAAGAGACUAAAAUCAACACUUUCACAAUGGAGUAAACUUACUUUUGGGGAUAUCUUCAAACAACUUGCUAUUAGGGAAGAUAUUGUCAGAGUUAAGGAGAUUCUAUUUGAGGAGGAACCAACAAUUCAAAAUAGGAUUGUCCUUCAACAAGCACAUGCUGAACUGAAAAAAUACCUGAGCAUUGAAGAGCAAUACUGGAAACAAAAGGCAGGAUUGAACUGGUUUGCUGAAGGUGAUAGAAACACAAGAUGUUUUCACAAUCAUGUAAAUGAGUUUUUCAAGAACCAAUUUACACAAGAAAGUGAUACUACAUUCUUUGAACUUCUUAACAAUGUACCUUCAAUGGUAACAACUUAUCAGAACUCAGAGCUAUGCAGAUAUCCUACUCUAGAAGAAGUAAAGAAAGCAAUUUUCGCAUUGUCUGGUGAUAGUACAAGUGGACCUGAUGGUUUCACUGGAUUAUUCUACCAAAAGUGUUGGAACAUUGUGGGCGCAGACAUCUUUAUGAUGGUUCAAGAUAUUUAUGGAGGGGCUUCACUACCAAAAUCCAUAACACACACUAACUUGGUGUUACUGCCUAAGAAACCACAAGUACAAACCUUCUCAGAUCUAAGACCCAUCAGUCUUAGUAAUUUUAUCAACAAGGUCAUAUCUAGGGUAUUACAUGACAGAAUGGAGAAGGUAUUACCAUCCUUGAUUUCUCCAAACCAAUCUGGCUUUGUGAAAGGAAGGAGUAUCUUUGAAAAUAUCCUGCUCACACAAGAAAUCAUCACUGAUAUAAGGAUGAAUGGGAAACCAAAAAAUAUGGUAAUCAAGCUUGAUAUGGCAAAGGCAUAUGACAGUGUUAAUUGGAAAUAUUUACUAAAGGUUUUGAGGAAAAUGGGAUUUGCUGAGCAUUUCAUCAACAUGAUAGGAAACUUAUUGAUCCACAAUUGGUAUUUAGUGCUAAUCAACGGGCAAACAUCAGGGUUUUUCAAAUCCAGUAGAGGGAUGAAGCAAGGAGAUCCUUUGUCUCCUACAUUAUUCAUUCUAUCAGCAGAGGUCCUAUUAAGAUCACUGAAUAAGCUGUUCUUAGACAGGAAUUUCAUUGGAUUUGAAAUGCCAAAGUGGACAGAUCCUUUAAACCACUUGUCUUAUGCAAAUGAUACAAUAAUCUUUUCAUCUGCGGACCUAUACUCAUUACAUAAAGUAAUGGAAGUACUCACAAAGUACGAACAGAUCUCUAGGCAACUAAUCAACAAAUCAAAAUGCUCUUACUACAUGCAUACAAAGGAAGAAGGCGGAUUAGGUUUCAGGUCUCUAUUUGAUCUUUUAAGAUCGUUGUUUGCAAAAUUAUGGUGGAAUUUCAGAACUCCUAAGUCUUUGUGGUCCAAUUUCACGUGGAAUAAAUACUGCAAGAAGAAAAUCCCUACAUUAGUACAAUUCAAAGAUGGAUCACAUGUUUGGAGGAAAAUAUUAAAAUCUAGGGAAGAGGUGGAGCAUGAAGUACUCUGGCAAAUGAAUAGAGGCUCUACAAAUGUCUGGCAUGAAAAUUGGACUGGUAUUGGAGCAAUAUACCAUGUUGUACCUCCAGAUUUCAACAUCAAUGAAGAACUCCAUGAGGUGACACAGUUGAGAACAGAAAAUGGAUGGGAUGAUCAGUUGCUGCAUCAUACAUUUCCAGAAGAUAUAACAUAUCACAUAAGGCAAGAAAUUUGCUUUGAUGAUAUUGAUGCAAAAUGGGAUACACCUAAAUGGAUGCCAAUGACUUUAGGUAAAUUUACAAUGCCCGAUGCAAGAUGGUUCAAAUACAAUACUGAUGGGGCUCAUCGAGGAAAUCCAGGACUAAGCUCCUACGGUUUUUGCGUAAGAGAUUCUACAAGGGAUGUUAUAUUUGCGAAGGCAGGGCAGAUAGGGGUAUCAACAAGUUUGGUCGCUGAGGCAAAGGCAUUAAUGGAAGGCAUAUUGUACUGUUUUCAAAAUCAGCUGCAUCCUCUGAUAACUGAAACUGACUCACUGGACUUAAAAAAGAUUAUUGAAGGUCAAUGGGCAGUUCCUUGGAGUAUCAGCAAAGAACUGAGGAAGAUUAAUGAAAUAAAGGGCAGUUCAAUGUCAUUCUUCAGCAUGUCUUCAGGGAAGGCAAUGCAGUGGCGGAUUUUUUUAGCUAAUUUAGUGUUCUUUUUUGCAGGUAUACUAGAAUUUAAAUCUUUCUAUGACUUCCCUGCUGCUGGUAGGUCAAUAAUCAAUUACGACAAGAGCCAAAUACCAAUUCUGAGGAUUAGAGUGGCAAGAAACAGCAGAUCCGUACCAUGA